AUGCCGAAAAUCAGCAAUAAACAAAAUCUUUUGAAGUUAUUGGAAUUAUCAGCAUUAAACGAUUUAAUGAUUGUUGAAUUCUUUUGUGAGGACAAUGAAGAGAAGAAACGUAAAGAAAAUGAAAUAAUGGAGGACCUAAUACAUGUAUUGGCUUUAGGCGAAGAAUGCAGAUACAGCGUACAAUUUAUUCAAAAUAGUGUACCGAAAUCCAGGGUAUUUUUGAAUGAAAUUUUAUGGGAACUUGAUGAAAACCGAUUCAAGAACAUCACACGUGUCACUUGGAAAACUUUCGAUGCUAUUUUGGAUCCGCAACUGGCAAUUGUGUUGUAUCGCUUAGGUUCUAGCGGUAAAGGAGCUACUCUUUCGAAGAUUGCAGGUUUAUUUGGAAUCAGUGAUGGUGGUAUCAUUCAGAAUUUAACUGAACGCAUAUUUAAUGCGCUGUUGAAAUAUAAGGACCAGUUUUUAUUUUGGCCAAAUACGGAAGAACGCAGAAAGCUCGUUUUAGAAACAUCGACUGAGUUACCUAACUGCAUAGGAUACGUUGAUGGUACCGAAAUUCCAUUGGCGGAAAAACCGUCACAGGACCCAGAAGCCUACUUCUCACGAAAGCAUAUUUACUCGGUUAAGGCACAAGCCGUGUGCGAUCAUCGAUUACAAAUAAGGCACUUGGUGUUAGGCUUUCCAGGUAGCGUUCAUGAUGCACGUAUUUUUAAUAACAGCGAAUUGUCAAUUGAAGCACGUAAAUUUUUUGGAGAAGGUGAAUGGAUUGCAGGUGACAGUGCAUAUAAAUUAUCGAGUACUGUUAUAACGCCAUUAAGAGAAAAUUCCAGAAAUUUAACACUAAGCCAAAGGAAUUUUUUUAACAAAACAUUCAGUCAAUAUAGAAAUCGAAUUGAACAUUGCUUUGGAAUGCUAAAGGAAAGAUUUGGUAGUUUAAAAGGCUUAAGGCUCCAAAUAAAAAAUGAAAAGUGUAUGAGAAAAGUUAAUAAAUGGAUUCUCUGUUGUGCAUUGUUACACAAUUUCAUACUCCAACAAGAUGAUUAUUUCGAUUACCAACCUGACGAAUCGGAGGAGCACAGUAUUGACGAGUCGUUAUGGGAAUCAAAUGCUCGUACCAAUGAAGGGGAGAUAAGGCGACGACAAAUUUUUGAACUAUUGUUUAAUCAAUAA